AUGGAAGAAUUAUUAGCGGUGCAUUCAUUGCUUCAUCUCAUAUUUCACCGCAACAAGAAUCAACACCAUCGAACGAAAUGGUGGAAAUGGCUUUCUAUGCUGAAGCGUGCCACCGCGGACCUGGCACAGGCUGAGCCCAGCGCGAUGGAGGCCCAGAAGCAACACCUGGCAGCUCACAUUAUUCCGCGGUGCUACGUAGCUUUCUCUACUGUGGUUGCUGAUAACCAGUUUUCUACUCUGGGGGUGGUACUUCUGGCGGCCUUGGCGCGCUUGUCCAAAAUCACGGGAAUCAGCCAGGAGAUGAAGAAGCGCUCGACAACAAGUAAAGCCAGGAAUCCUGCCUCGGCAGUCAUUCAAGAGGAUCUUGGGGAACGGAUUCGACGUGUCGAGGACGUGUCACUACCUUCAGUCCCGCCUUCAGCCCUACCUCCGCCUAACAAGGCUGGACCGGAAGAAAAGUCGACCAAGGACCGCAGCGCUUUGAAGAGUGCCAAGAAGACGAAAAAGAAGAAAAACGCCAUUGAUGAUUUGUUUAGCGGUUUAUUAUAA